AUGGACACCUACACUGAUUAUUCACUUUAUGAAUACUACAAUUACAGUGAGAACUUUGGAGAUGGACUCGUCAAUAUUAAUAUCUCUCUGGAUUGUCCCAGUUCACACCUUCAUGGCUUCAACAUCUUCCUUCCCAUUGCGUAUUACCUUAUAUUCUUCACAGGCUUUGUGGGAAACGUCUUUGUAAUCUCAGUCGUGGGCAGCAAAGAUAAGAGAGGCCGGCGACUGGUGGACACAUUUAUUGUCAACCUGGCCCUGGCCGACCUCAUCUUUGUCCUCACGCUGCCACUGUGGGCCGUCUCUGCCAGCCACAAUGGCUACUGGAACUUUGGGUGGGCUGGAGACCUGCUGUGCAAGCUGAGCAGCUACAUAAUUGCUGUGAACCGCUUCUCCAACAUUUUCUUUCUGACCUGCAUGAGUGUUGAUCGCUACCUGGCCGUGGUGAGACAGAGAGACUCGAAGUACCUGAGGAGUAGCCGGUGCAUUCGUGCCACAUGUGCUGCAGUCUGGUUGAGCUCCCUGGUGCUUGCCAUCCCAUCUUUGGUGUACCGAGGAGUGGACCAUUCUGGUGACGGACUGUCCUGUCUGGAAAAUAGCGAGUCACGUUUUUUUCUUGGCCUCAGUCUGACCAUGGCGUUACUCACCUUUGUCUUUCCAGUGUUGAUCAUUGUGCUCUGCUAUGGCACCAUUGUCACACAUCUCACCAAGCACUGCGUUGCUGCUACAAAUCCUCGAGCUGAAGCCCGCCGCAGACACUCCCUUAAGAUGGUCCUUUCCAUCAUAGUGGCCUUUGUGGUGUCUUGGCUUCCCUUCAACGUUUUCAAAACCAUCAUAAUUGGCUCACAGCUCUCGAACGUUCAUCUGAGUUGUGAUACUCUGUCAUGGCAAAGAAAUGGGCUCCUUAUCUCAUGCUGCCUUGCCUUCCUCAACAGCUGUAUGAAUCCGGCCAUUUAUUUCUUCCUGGACCAUCACUUCAGACGACGGGCCGAGAUUCUGUACACGACCUGCACAGGAAAGCCAAAGUCGCUAAAGCGUCACAACUCCUCAGCUUCUUUCACCAACGUCGGCACUUCAGAGAGCUUUGCAACAAGUGGUGGGAGAUCUCAGCUUCAGACGUUUGAGUAG